AUGCCUCCUAAGACCUCCCCCUCAGGUCCAUCAGGCCUCACAAAAACUUACCUCCUCGCCUACAACACCCUCAACCUAGCAACAUGGGGCACCUGCGUCAUCUACUCCGCGACCCUCCUCCUGUCCGGCACUGACCUCCCAACAAUCUUCAACCGUACCUAUUUCCCCCUCCUGUUGGCAACGCAGUCUCUGGCAAUCCUAGAGAUCCUGCACAGUCUAGCGGGCCUGGUGCGCGCCCCGCUCAUGACCACCACCAUGCAGGUUGCUAGUCGGCUGCUGCUAGUUUGGGGCAUCAUGUACCCCUUCGGCGGAGAUAUCCUCGGUGCGAAGUCGCACACGGCGCAGCUGGGCGAUUAUGCGUAUCUGGGAUGUGUGGCUGCUUGGGGUGUUACCGAGGUGAUUCGGUAUGGGUUCUUUGCUAUCACGCUUUCCGGGAACACGGUGCCGGAGUGGUGGACUUGGUUAAGGUAUAACACCUUCUACGUGCUUUAUCCAAUCGGUAUCUCGAGCGAGUGCACCCUCAUCUUCCGCGCUCUGGCGCCCGCGGCGAAUAUCAGUCCCUUCUUUCCGUACGCCCUUACCGUCAUCCUCAUUAUCUACGUGCCUGGGUCGUAUAUCCUGUACACGCACAUGAUUGCGCAGAGACGCAAGGUCCUCCGUGGGAAGAAGAAGGCGAACUAA